AUGUCGUCAAGGAAGCCAGGAGGUAUCGCUUUCAUUCACCCCGACUUGGGUAUUGGUGGUGCAGAAAGACUAGUCGUUGAUGCUGCAAUGGGAUUACAAAAUUUGGGCAACCAAGUAGUUAUUUACACAUCACACUGUGACCUUAAUCAUUGUUUCGACGAGGUGAGUUCAGGUCAAUUGAAAGUCAUUGUACAUGGUGACUUCUUGCCCACACUGAUUUACAAGAGGUUUCACAUAUUAUUUGCAAUAUUGCGACAAUUGUAUUUGGUUCUUGUAUUGAUUGUUUCCGGAGAUAUCAAAAACUAUGACUUUUUCAUUGUUGAUCAAUUAUCCUUUUGCAUUCCAUUUUUGAAUUUAUUGAGUCUUGCAAGUGCAAGAGUCCUAUUUUACUGUCAUUUCCCUGACCAAUUGCUAACAAAAAGAGCAAGCUUGUUGAAGAGUCUAUAUCGUGUGCCAUUUGACUUUAUUGAGGAGUGGACUACGGGAUGUAGCGAUCAAAUUGUCGUUAAUUCAAACUUUACAAAGGGCAUAUUCCACAGCACAUUUAAGAACUUACGCAAUAUAGAUCCCGGUGUCAUAUAUCCCUGCAUCGAUAGCAACCUUGAGGAGACUGAGGGGACGAAAAAGUCAGAUGAGGAAGUUGUCAAUUUUUUCAAGAAUUCAAGGUACUUUCUAUCGGUCAAUAGGUUCGAAAGAUCAAAGAAUAUAGAGCUUGCCAUUAAAGCAUUUAGUAAACUGAAAAGAAUUCUUCCCGGAAAACCAAGGUUGGUGAUUGCAGGUGGGUACGACGCUAGAGUUAACGAGAAUGUUGAAUAUUUAAAAGAGUUAAUCCACUUAUGUGAUACCCUAAAGCUCACCAACUUCACUAUCAGAGGCAAAUUGAUAGUUAUGCCGCCAUCGACAGAAGUAUUAUUUCUACCAAGUGUCAAAACGUCGCUCAAAACUUCACUCUUGAAACACGCUGAUCUAUUAUUGUACACACCGGGACGGGAACAUUUUGGUAUUGUUCCUGUUGAAAGUAUGCUUUACAAAACACCAGUAUUAGCAAUCAAUUUUGGUGGACCUCUCGAAACAGUUUUGAAUUAUGAUGGAUCCAAUCUUGACGAUGCAACGGGGUUUACGGUACCAGGCGACCAUGAUAAAUGGGCAAAAACUAUAACCAAAUACUACAAUGAGACUAAUGAUAAUAUCAAGAAGCGGUUAGGAGACAAUGGACAUAGGCGAGCUAUAGAAAAGUUCUCGCGCAACGAAACUAGCUAUGAAUUUGUGAAACAAUUGGAGUUUUCAGCAAGAAGCAAAAAGAGAGUUAUAGUACCCCAUUGGGUACUUUCAUUGGUUCCUAUUGUGAUUUUAGCUUUUGCAUUUAUCGUCUCCAAGUUUUUUUUCUAA